UAACGGUCGCCAGGGCGAGUGGCGGGAGGGGAAGGAAGGGGGUUUAAGUUAUUUUUUUAAAAACUGUGAGCGAGAGCCAAAGGCAUCGCGACCCAGGUGUCGCCGCUUCCUGCUGCAGAGGGCUUGGCGCCCAGGUCCCUCCCUUCUCACGCCCCCUCCCCUUCUGCCCUCCCCUCUGGAGCCUCGCGGCGCUUAAGAGGCGGCGGCGGCGGAUCGAGCGGCCGCUGCAGUCCCGGCGGCCGCGGAGAAGGAGGAAGGAAAGCACAAAGCCCGCUGCGCGAAGCGAGCUGCGAGGUAACAAAGGGAGUCCUUCGACUUGAAGCAUGAGUUCAGAUGCCAGCCAAGGUGUGGUCACUACUCCUCCUCCCCCCAGCAUGCCUCACAAAGAGAGAUAUUUUGACCGCAUCAAUGAGAAUGACCCAGAAUACAUUCGGGAGAGGAACAUGUCUCCUGAUCUACGGCAAGACUUCAACAUGAUGGAGCAGAGGAAACGAGUUACUCAGAUCUUGCAAAGUCCUGCCUUUCGGGAAGAUCUGGAAUGCCUUAUCCAAGAACAGAUGAAGAAAGGCCACAACCCAACUGGAUUGCUGGCAUUACAGCAGAUCGCAGAUUACAUCACGACCAAUUCUUUCUCGGGCUUUACUUCACCUCCUCUCAGUCUCGGCAUGGUCACACCUAUCAAUGACCUCCCUGGGGCAGAUACAUCCUCCUACGUGAAGGGAGAGAAACUUACUCGCUGUAAGCUUGCCAGCCUGUAUAGACUCGUGGACUUGUUUGGAUGGGCACACCUGGCAAAUACCUAUAUCUCCGUAAGAAUAAGUAAGGAGCAAGACCACAUAAUAAUAAUUCCUAGAGGCCUGUCUUUUUCUGAAGCCACAGCCUCCAAUUUGGUGAAAGUCAAUAUCAUAGGAGAAGUGGUUGAUCAGGGAAGUACUAACUUGAAAAUUGACCACACAGGCUUCAGUCCCCAUGCUGCGAUCUAUUCAACACGUCCUGAUGUUAAGUGUGUGAUACACACCCAUACCCUGGCAACAGCAGCUGUAUCCUCCAUGAAGUGUGGGAUCCUUCCAAUUUCUCAAGAGUCCCUCUUCCUGGGAGAUGUCGCCUAUUAUGACUACCAAGGGUCACUUGAUGAACAGGAGGAGAGAAUUCAACUACAGAAAGUUCUGGGGCCAAGUUGUAAGGUGCUGGUACUCAGAAAUCAUGGUGUGGUAGCCCUUGGAGAAACGAUUGAGGAGGCUUUUCAUUAUAUAUUUAAUGUGCAGAGAGCCUGUGAGAUUCAGGUGCAGGCAUUAGCAGGGGCAGGUGGAGUAGACAAUCUGCUUGUGCUGGAUCUUCAGAAGUAUAAGUCUUUCACUCAUGCUAUAGCAACAGAUGGAGGAGGAGGAGUGAAUAUGGGCUCCCAUCAAAAAUGGAAGGUUGGCGAGAUUGAGUUUGAAGGGCUGAUGAGGACUCUGGAUAAUUUGGGGUAUAGAACAGGCUAUGCUUAUAGGCAUCCUCUCAUUCGAGAGAAGCCUAGGCACAAGAGUGACGUGGAAAUCCCAGCAACUGUGACCGCUUUUUCCUUUGAGGAUGACACAGUGCCACUCUCUCCUCUCAAAUACAUGGCACAGAGACAGCAGCGUGAAAAAACAAGAUGGCUGAACUCACCAAAUACUUACAUGAAAGUGAAUGUGCCUGAGGAGUCUCGGAAUGGGGAAACCAGUCCCAGGACCAAAAUCACAUGGUUGAGAGCAGAGGACUCUUCUAAAGUUAGUAGUGGAACACCUAUCAAAAUUGAAGAUCCAAAUCAAUUUGUUCCUUUAAACACAAACCCGAAUGAGGUACUAGAAAAGAGAAAUAAGAUUCGAGAACAAAACCGGUAUGACUUGAAAACAGCUGGACCACAGUCGCAGUUGCUUGCUGGAAUUGUUGUGGACAAGCCCCCUUCUACCAUGCAAUUUGAAGAUGACGAUCAGGCCCCACCAGCUCCUCCCAACCCCUUCAGUCAUCUCACAGAAGGCGAGCUUGAAGAGUAUAAGAAGACAAUCGAGCGUAAACAGCAAGGCCUGGAAGAUGCUGAGCAGGAAUUACUCUCAGAUGACGCUUCAUCUGUUUCACAAAUUCAGUCUCAAACUCAGUCACCGCAAAAUAUCCCUGAAAAAUUAGAAGAAAACCAUGAGCUAUUUUCCAAGAGCUUCAUCUCCAUGGAGGUGCCCGUCAUGGUGGUGAAUGGCAAGGAUGAUACGCAUGAUGUUGAAGAUGAGCUUGCGAAGCGAGUGAGUAGAUUAACCACAAGCACGACCAUAGAGAACAUCGAGAUUACCAUUAAGUCUCCAGAAAAAAUUGAAGAAGUCCUGUCACCUGACGGCUCCCCUUCAAAAUCGCCAUCCAAGAAAAAGAAGAAAUUCCGUACUCCUUCUUUUCUGAAAAAGAACAAAAAAAAGGAGAAAGUUGAAGCCUAACUUAACUCUUUUUAUAAUUAUUAUUAUUACAAUGUGACAUUGCACAUUUAAAUACCACACUUAAGUUGAUAAUUAAUAUGCAGUGGUAGAGAAGACUGGGGGUAUGUAGCAAACUGGACUUUAAGAACUGGAAAGGGAUUUUACUAAAAGAAAAACAUAUUAUGAAAAGAACUUCAAAUUCAUCUCUCAUUUUGUAUCUCCAAAAAAGGUUUUGAAUUUUUGAAUAAUUGCUAGUUUUAGUUAGCUCUGCCCUCAUGAAGUAUUACUAUAAUUCACCACAAACAGAUAUCUGUCUGAAUUACUUCAGGCCUUCUCCAUAAUAUCUGUUGGAAACGAAAUACCAGUGCACAAGCGAGAGAAUUUUUAUUUCUCAACACCUGCUUCACUGGGUAAUCAGAUUAUAAUUUUUUACCGCGAUUAUUGACUGUACCUUUUGGGUUCCCAUUGUUUCAGUGGGCAUUAACAGAACGCUUUAAAAGCUUCUAAGAAUCUAUAGCAUUAGUAUACACUGGCACAGAAUUUUUUUAAAAAAAAAUUUAAGAAAAGAUUCAUCUGGAAUUUUAUUCAUAGUAUAAAACUUCCUCACCUGAAGUAACUUUCUUUGCCAAAAAAAAAAAAUCAUUUUAGUAAACUAUAAUUUUUGAAAACUUCCUUUUUUAUUAGUUGAGAAAGCCCCUUAUUUUUCAACAAAGGGGAUUUUGUACACGUACAUGGGUUAUUUAGUUUAACUCUGGCAAAAACGAUUUUUGUAUGUUGAGAUGUUUGUAUACCAUUCAAUAUAAAAGCAUCAUAAGCAUAUUAGCCAAUCAUAUAACAGUAGAGCAUAUUUGAAGCUGCUUCGUACUAAGUAUGCUUAAAUCUAAUUCAAGAAUCCAGGCACUUGGUAUCUAAAGGAGAUUAAAGCAUUUCAAGGUAUAACUAGAUUCACAUUUGAACCUUAUAAUGUAUUUUUCUCUUAGUAUUGCUAAUGAAUGAAGAUGGUCUCAUGAGGGAAACAAAUGAAAAGGAAGAGAGAAAGUGAAAAAUGAAGGGAACAAAAGCGGUGUCAUGCCAAGAAUUCUAGUUUGAUGAAGACCCACAGUCACGAUAGGAUUUGAAGCAUAGGUUUAUUUGGAACAUGUCCCAGAUUUCUAAAAUUCUGCUUCUCUGCCAAAAUCAUCGUGUUUCUUGGUUUCCUUUUAACUUCUGUAUCUUUAGAAGCAGCACUAGAAGAAAUCAGUGGGUCUGAUCCCCCAACGAGAAAACCUACCACUUCUUGAUUUUUACAAAAAUUUCUCCCCUUAUUUCAGUUAACUUUCUUUCUAAUGUAAAUACAAAUUUAAACCUAGACUUAAUAUAGUUUUCUCCCCUUCACCGAAGUGAUGUCACAAAUCAAUGUAAAAUCGAUGAUCCGAAAUGGUCAGUGGGUGAAAAUAAUCCAAAGUGUUUCUGGAGGAUGAGUUGGCGUGUCAAAAUCACAUUACACAUGACAGUGCGUUCUGGAGCAGCUGGUUCUGUUUGGCCGUAUGUGUACGAUGAUGCAAAGCUGAAACGGAGCCUGGAAAUUUCAUUCUGGAUCUCACUAACUACUGGAAUCGGUGUUUUAAUCUCUUAGCAGAAACUUUCAGUUGCUUACUUCUGUAUUUGAGGAUUUUUUUUUUUUAUGUUCUACAUCAUUUAUGUUGUAUUACAACGUAUGUAGAAACAGUAACCUGUGAACUAUGCUUUUCCAUAACUUUUUAAAUAUAUAUAUAUCUUAAAUGAAUGCAAUGUGCAUAAAUAUUUUUUAAACGCAACAGUGAACUAUUUGCACCUUUUGCUAAUGCCUCUAUUUACUUGCUUUGGCAUAAAGAAUGAGCCAUUGAACCUCUGUGUCCUGUGGAAAAUGUAUAAAUGUUAUCUGAUAUUGCUCUUAGAUGUAAUGCUAAUUAAUGUUAAAUCACAAAUAAACAGUAUUUUAAAUAGA